AUGUACAGUUCAUCGGUAACCAGAUAUGAAGACAAUGAAGAUCAGAAGUUACUGCAAUUGGAAACGGAAAAUAAGAAGAAUUCAAUUCUCGAUCAACCGCCGAAAGAACACAUACCGGCAGUUCAACCAUUAAUUUGGCGCAAUAUCAUUGGUAUCGCCGUUCUUCACUUCUUGGCGCCCUAUUUCUUUAUCACGCGAUUUUUCCAGAUAAAAUUUUGGACAUGGAUAUUUGGAUUUACGUAUGGAUUUUUUACUACUAUUGGCAUAUCAGCUGGUGCUCAUCGUCUGUGGGCACACAAGAGCUAUAGUGCUAAAUUGCCACUCAGAAUACUACUCGCUAUUUUUUACUGUAUGGCUGGUCAGACUCAUCUGACUAAAUGGGUUCGCGUUCAUCGAAUACAUCACCGGUAUACAGACACAUCCGCGGAUCCACAUAACUCUAAUCGCGGCUUUUUCUUUUCGCACGUCGGCUGGUUAAUGAUGAAACAUCAUCCAGCGGUCAAGGAAUACGGAAAGAAUGUGGAUGUGAGCGACCUCGCUGCUGAUCCCGUGAUACGCUUCUUUGAUAAGUAA